CUAGAACACUACGUUCUCUGAAUGCUGGGCUACUUGUGGUUCCUAUAGUCUUAGUUAAUUGGUGUGAUGAGGCCUUUCUUAAAUUAAACUCUCCCAGCAGCCCAGGCUCAGAUUCAUCUUUGUGGAGUAGACUGAUGGUAACAGGGUUUUAGGAUGUGCCUGUCCCCAAGCUGGUGGGGACAAUGUAAAGGGGACACAGACAUAGCCCUGAAGAGAGCCAGUAGAAAAGGAGCGUUUACUCUCCCCCUCUGAGACCUGCAGCAUAAAGUCUACAAUCCAGACCACCAAGGUUUCAGCCAGAUUAAAAUCAAAAAGCAGCUCCUCAGCUCAAACAUGUGGCUGAAAAGGGUUGAAUUCAGAUGAGUUAAAAAUAAGUCACUAAGAGACAGAGGUCAGAGGUCAGUGAGAAUCAGUGAGAUGUUCAGUGUAUGAUGUUGAUAUUAAAGGUGGUUCAGACAAUGAGGUAAACGUAUGUACCGACCACAGUCACCUAUUCAGAUCAAUAAUGGUGAUCGAGUGUCUUGCUCCACCCCUGUGUCCUGCAUGUUGUUUAUUAUUUACUGUUGUUGUUGUUUAGGUGCAUCCUUCCUGGCCAUCACCACCAUCUAUGCUGAGUCUGGUUCUGGUUUCGUGGUCCCGAGUGCGUCGGCGAAGGCUGGAGUCGAGGCGCUCUAUAAAUCUCUGGCUGCAGAGUGGGGGCGCUACGGCCACAGGUUCAACAUAAUCCAACCUGGACCAAUCAGAACCAAGGGGGCGUUCAGCCGCCUGGACCCAACCGGAUCCUUUGAGAAGGCGAUGAUCGGUCGGAUCCCGACAGGUCGACUGGGAAGACCAGAAGAAAUCGCAAACCUGGCGGCGUACAUGAGCAGCGACUACGCUACCUGGAUGUCUGGAGCUGUGAUCCGGUUGGAUGGAGGAGAAUAUGUUUCGAUGGCCGGAGAGUUUAACGAGCUGCGGAGGGUGACUCCAGAUCAGUGGAACAUGAUGGAGCAGAUGAUCAGAAGCACUAAAGGAUCCUAAAAGCAUUCCUCAUUGGACCACAACAGCCAAUCAGAGCACAGUGUGCAGGUGGACCCGCCCACCUGUUGAUGUGAUGAUGAUGAGAGAAUGCGACUGACGAUUGAUCGGUGAUUAUUGAUACAGAGCUUCACUGUUAGGUUAUAGUCAUGUGACUGACUGAACAUGCUCAGUGUGACCACAGUUUGAAUCUGCAGACUGAAUGUUGAUAAACGUCCACUCUGGUUGUUGUUGUUGUUGUCAUUAAAACGACAAGUUCUGAGGUA